AGAUUACACAGAGUGGGAAGUUGUAAUUUUUGUGUGCAGGAAGGUGGUUCACCGGUUGUUCGAAAGAACGUAAUCACCGGGGGGCAUACGGGCGGUAUUGCCAUCAUCGCUGAGGGAAAGGGCGUCAUCGAACACAAUGUUAUCAGUGACAAUGCGAUGGGGAAUGUCAUCCUCUUGGACCGCUUUACUGAGCCAGUGAUUGCACACAACACCAUCUCAAAUUCCUCCACUGGCUGUGGAAUUAUUUGUGGUCGAGAGGCCGGUGGAGAGUUUUUCCACAACAAUAUUUUUAAGAAUAAACAAUGUGGCGCGUACGUUAUUGGAAAGGCCAAUCCACUGUUUUCGAGCAAUACCAUCACAUAUGAAUCGACUGGAGUUAUUAUAUCAGAUAGUGGACGAGGGAUAUUUAAACAAAACAAUAUUCACUCUAGCUACGGUUCUGGUAUCAUCAUUCAGUUAGGUGGCAAUCCAUUCAUUGAAGGGAACAGUGUCUCCAAGUGUUUUCUCAGCGGUAUUUUGGUGUCAGCAGGGAGCAGUGGGACGGUUUCUGAAAACGAAUUUUCUGAAAAUGAUGUAGGCGUGCAGCUGGGUUCCACCUUGGGCACUGCAACGCUUGAAAUUGAGGCGAACCUCCUCAGUAGCACGCCUGCGUCACCGACAUCGAAAAGCAACGUAAAAAUUGGAAAAUUGAAACCACGACGUUCAUUUGGUCUCAAGAAAGAUGGCGAAAAUAUAAACGAACCGUCUCAGUUAACCCCAACGACUAUACGGCGGAACAGAAUCUUCUCGAACACAACAUGUGGGGUACUACUGGAGAAUGCGGCCUAUGGGAUAUUAGAAGAAAAUGAUAUUGAAUUGAAUGAGAAGUAUGGUGUAAUGGCAGAUGUCGGCUACAGUGCGAAGCGAGUGAAGGACAAACUAGGCAAGGUCCUUGGAUACGGCGGCUGGAAGUUGCCGAAUUUGUCACUGACUGGUGGAUCUGCCAUUAUUCGCAAAAACCGCAUCUUCAAUCACAAAAAAUGCAAUAUCUCUAUUCUCAAUCAUGCGGAGAAUAGUAUUAUCAUCAGUGCAAAUGAUGUGUUUGAGGCUCCAACAGGAAUUUAUGUGGGAAAUGACGCCUCAAUUCAUUCCAUAGAGGGUAAUACGAUCUACAGGACAUUUGAUGGCGUCUACGCGGAUAGUGGUGGCCAUGGGUGCUUUGAGAACAACAAGAUUUACGACUGCGAUGGUGUUGGGGUGUAUGUAUGCAAUCGUGGGAAUCCUCAAUUUAAGAAGGGGAAUGUCAUUGAAAAUUGUUCUGUUAGCGGUGCUUUUGUUGAUGCCGGAGGAAGAGGAUUAUUUUCGCAGACAACUAUACGUCACUGUGUUGUGGGUGUUGUGGUAUACACAUGUCUACCCGUUUCGUCGCUUGUUCAGGAGGGGGAAUUUAUGCAAAGUAGGUUUGUAACUUCGGCGCCCGUGUUUCAACAGUGUGAUAUUGAGGAGAAUGCACUGUAUGGUGUCUUGGUUCUCACUGUUCCGACAAGUUUUCCACUACGCCACAUCUCACGCAGUGGUGUUGGACACGCCUCGAAGACCGAGGGACUUAUGAAGACACCAGGAUUAUCCGUCUUCCCACAGUUCCAUCAAAAUAGGAUUCGGAACAAUUGUCACUUUGGCGUUUGUCAUGAAAUGUAUGAUUCUCCGGAGUUGCAGGAUGAGACGGAAAAUUUAUCUCUCCAUGAAGAAAAUUCGCCCGAGACCAAACGUUCAUCAACGCGCUCUAAUCUUCAAAAUCAUAUUCAGCGGCGGCUGAGUACUUCAAUGCAAUGUCGUUUUGCUGCCCGUGGUUCCAUGCAGGAGGCUUUAGGGACAUCUAAAGUUUUUUCGACAGAUGAACACCACAAGGAGCGGAUGCAGCAUCAAGUAAGUUUUGUUGAAAACACCAUUAGCAAUUGUUCUAUUGGUGUUGUGGUUGGUGGUAACUGUCAUCCCUUUUUCCUUCGUAAUCGAAUAAUUAACAAUGCUUUCUUUGGAAUGUUCUUACGAUCCCAGGCCAAGGCAAUGUGUUUUGGCUGUGAAGUCAUGGACAACGGCGUGGCAGGUCUUUACGUUUCACAAGGCUCUCUUGGUGCAUUCACUGGGGGAACGAUUCGUCGCAAUAAUGGAUUUUGUCGCCCAGAUGGAAACCCACAUGAUCCGCGCUCUUUUGGCACCCUUUCGUUUAUGCAGUCAACUCUCGCAGUUUUGAGCGUUCCCAAUACAAGUAGUAGACCCCCACACGGUGCGUUUAGUUCCAUUCUACGUGGGUUGGAGAGUUAUGCAAAUAUAGCGGCUGAAGGUCUGCUUAUAUUGUGUGAACUUGUGGCUGCCUCUUCGGUGGGUCUCUCUCUCGCUUCUGGCAUGUGUCCCAUUGUCUCGGGCGAGUCCGGUAUGUCAUAUGGUUCUGGGCUGCAAAUGGACAAGUACGAUCGAGGAUGGGCUGCCGAUGGUGGUAUGGGUGUGUGGCUUGUGCAGGGGAGCAUGAUGGAAAUCAGCGAUAGCUUGAUUGACACCAAUCGCAACGUCGGAGUUUUUUAUUCGCGCAAUUUACAACAACAUUACAUGAAUCUGUCACAGUUCCCUGUGAAGCCCGCUGGUGGGUUUCCGAGAUUUCCAGGUGGCGAGGUGAUCUCUGGCGAAGCAAGGAGCCCGCGGAAAGGGGCAAUGCGGUGGGUUUUCUUUACCGCCAACGCUAUCCAUGAUGAAGGCUACCUCAUGCAAAUGAGUACAUCCGUUUUUGGCGAAGGAAGCUUCACAGAGAGUUGGCGUGUAUUUACACCGCCGCAAACUCCCCGUAUGUCAAAGCAGACUGAAGCGCCCGUUUAUGAGGGAGAUCGUCCAUAUAUGUUGAAUCGUCCAGCGCUUGUUUCUGGCAAUCGUAUCGUCAAGAACGGUUAUGGAGUUGUCAUACAUUUGCAUCAUGUUAUGAGGGCAAAUUUCUCCGGCGAGACGGAUACUGCGGCAAAGGAGACAACGGAGAUACCCGAACCAAGCCAUGGGAGAAGAGCCAACGCUGCUAAGAAACAUGGCCGUCGGUCGAAUAAUAAGGCCGCAGACAAUGAUUUACCAAGAAAUAGAGAAGGAAAAACCUUGCGUGUUUCAAGGCUGAAAAAACAAGAUGAGGAAGAAAACAAUUCUUCUCAUGAACCAACGACAGAGAAACCCGUUUACCCAAUGAUGUCAAUGAAUGCAUUCUCUAGAGAAGAAGAUUUUUCCAUUAAUAUAGAAGAAAAUCAUGUUUAUGAAAACUGUGGUGUUGGAAUACUUUGUUUACACAUCGUUGAAGCUGUGUGUGGCACUCAUGUGAAAUCACGUCUGGAAUUAGAUGGGGCAGCUGCAGAGUACAAUGAUGUAUGCGUUAAAGUGACGCUCAAAAGAAUGUUAAAACAACCAAAAUUGAAAUUUUCACUCGUACCUUAUGAGCGUAUGACACGUUAUGCAAAAAUUUAUAGUAAUGAGGUGUAUAAGAACGUUGCGGAACAACUCGAGGUGACUUCUCGGUAUGUCGCUAUCUCUCAAAAUUGUGUGCGAACCCUACUGCAGAUUGAUACGUUGCGUCAACCAAGUGCGUCUAUGGCCUCUUCGCAAGCGCUACUAAGGAUUCCACUUUUUGCCUCUUUGCUGUCCGCUGCACCGCCUGGUAGGUUUGUGAUUGAAAGCAAUCGCUUUCGGGAUAGUACAAAGGGAGUACAUGUUUUUGGUUUUGUGGGUGGAAACUCUCUUCUUUUACGCAGCAAUGCCUUUGUCAACAUGAGGGGAACAGCUAUUCUUAUUCAAGGACACCUCGCCUCCGCAACCAUUGGAGGUGGAAAUGUGUUUGAAGCGAACGACGUUGCUAUUCGUAUUGUGUUGCCUGAAGAUUCUCUCACAAAGGAAGAUGUUGCAUGGAUGCAAGCCAUGGGUGUUAACACACGUAUCCAUUCCAAUCAUUUCUGCGCCCCAAAACAGUUGUCUGUGACUCUCGAAGGUGGUGGUGCACCAUCUCCGGUCUUUGAAGGCAAUAAAUUCACUCUCCAUAUGAGUGGUUCGGUGGCGUUCUUUAUUUCAGGUCCCAAUGCUCACACACAGCUGAGAAGGAACGUGUUUUUAGAGAAUUAUAUUCCUGUCAUUAUCACAAAUGAGGCAGGCACGAGCGACGAAGGCACAAGUGUUAUUCUGGAGGGAAAUCGAUUUGCCAGGAAUUUUAUUGGGCUUUUAGUUGCAGGUGGCGCGGCUCCAAAACUUCUACGCAACGUAUUUGAAGAGAACUAUCGGACGGGUUUAGAAAUUAUAGAUGAAAACACGAGGCCAACGGUUCAACAUUGCUUCUUUGUGUCAAAUAAAUUUUCCGAGGUUCAACCAUUCAAUGAGGAGGUAUUGCUGUUUCCUGAGCAUGGCAAAAUUUGCGUGGAUGCAGGUUUAGAAGGCAUAAGUUUUGAUUUUGUGGCGACCAUUGUACCAGAUAACACUGCAGCGUCGGAUGCAAAGAUGAGGCUGCCGUCUGGACUUCUCAUCAGUGGAAGAGGGGAAAGCAGUGUCAUACACGAAUGUCUAUUUCAAGAUAAUGAUAUAGGUGUUGAUGUUGUGCGUAGUGCUGCCCUUCCUGGGGCGAUGAAGGCGUCGUCUUGUGGCAUUCAGUUGACCUCUUGUCUUUUCGGUCUGAAUAAAGUGGCGGGGGUGUGGAUACGUGGUGAGGAGGACCCAAAUGGAAAACGCGCUCUUCCCUCCUUUAACAUGAGCGGAAGUGAAAUUGAACACGACGCGACUGUCUUUGACAGCUGUUUCUUUGUAAAUAACACAACCGAUGCUGAGGGGAAGGGUGACGUUGUGGCCCUGGACGGUGGGUUUGCGAUAGUACGGGGAAGUUUAUUUACAGGCUCAGUCCAUGGCAAAAAGGACGGCAUGGCGCUUUUUGAGCGAAAUCUAUUCUACGCGGAGGAUGCGGAUGCGGCUGUGUAUCUACACAAGUCUGCACGCAUACGACUUGUAGGAAACACAAUUCGCGGUCACAAGAAUGGCAUCGUGACGUAUCCCGCUGCAUGGGGUCAUGUGGAGAAGAACUGGAUCUUGGAUACCACUCGAAGCGUUUCUGCUGCCCCAUUUUGCCACACUUUUUUUGUCCGUAAUCGCAUAGUAAAGGCGAAAGACUGUGGUAUUUUGGCAUACGGUGGGGUCUUCACGGAAAAUGAAGUCUGCUUUGCCCCGACAGGUGUCAUUGUGCAGAAUCCGGUGGAGUAUAAAAAUUAUAGUGAAAUACCAAAAGCGGAAAAGACGGCGUUUGAUGCAUUGAUUUCGGAAAAUCGUGUACACUCGUGUGAAGUUGAGGGCAUUUUGGUCGCUGGUGGUGCUCGUAUUGAGGGGAAUUGUGUAUUCAACUGCAAGACGAACAUGAAUAUUAUUUGUCCCCAAAACGCAGGCGGUGGAUCCGGAAUUGCUGUUGUAUCAAAAAAUGCCCUGUACGAUGGGGAGGUUGGCCUUCUGGUUGCGAAGGGUUCGGAGUCCGUCAUUCGGGUGAAUGACAUCUUCGAUAACAGUACAUUGGGAGUGUGGGUGAAAGCAGGGGCUCUGGGAACGCUUCAGGGAAAUGCCAUUUCCAGCUCUUUGGGGGAUAGUGCCUUUGAUGCAGAGCCGGGGGCGGAGAUAAAGAUGCUGCAAAACAACAUACGAAACCAAUUCUCUCCAUCUUAUCAUAAAACGCUUCCUACACAUCGUGAGAAGGAACGGCAAAAAGCAGCUGAAACCAUGACUGAGGAAAUACGUGAGUUGGAUCGUACUUUUCAGAAGAUGUUCUCACUGUGCAAUAGCGUAGAAGUGGUCUUGCAAGCGACAUUAGAGACGUUGAGGAGAGAAUCCGCUAACAUGGACGGUGUGAGGCCUUUGAGUACCACGACGAAUUUCGUUCUAACUUCGAAGUUUUUGCGCGGUUACACUCAGACACAGAACAUUGUUGAGGUUCUCAGUCUAGCCAGUACAAGGGGAGCCAGGUAUUCUGCCAAAGAGCGGAAGUCGUCCUUGUCUGCGGCAAAGGCAUCAAGGUCUGUGGAUCGACGAAUAAGCCAAUCCACUUCACUGGUGCCAAAUGAACAGUAUCGGCAUGUUCUUAUCCACGUUUGCGAUACGGACAAGGAGACCGUGGAAAGCACACAAAUUGGCAAGGAGGUGGAGGCCGUUUUCACUUCGGAGUCUCUGUCUUCACGUGUCAUGUUUCGCGCCGCACUCACAACUAAUCCCAGUAGUUUUCAUGCAUCCAUUACAGCUCAAAUGCCCGAUGUAAUAAUUGUUGUUGUGGGUGCGAGCAAGAAGGCAUUUGAUACGGAGGAGUUGGCCGUAUUUUCAGUCAUUGACCGCUUACGCCGUGCGCCCGCUGGAAGACGGCAAAGGAAAAAAAACAGCGUCUUAUUAGUCUCUACAAUUCUUUCAGUGGAGUGGAAAGAAAAUAUUGAGGGAAAUGCAUCUUCAAGUAAAAGUGUAGAAAAAUUGACAGGACUGGAAUUUUUUGCCGCCGCGAACAACCCAAUUUAUUUUAAAUUUUCUGUUGCUGAGGCAUUCACAGAACUGAUACAGCGCCUGAAAUCACAUGUCUUCUCCCCAUCGACUUCCACGCAUGAUUUGGACGUCAGUACAUCAAGGAAUGAAGGCACGGUUGUCAAGCCCGCAAGAGGGGAGCAGUUCCUGUCAUCCCCACUCAGCCAAUUCGGGUCGAUCUCUUUUUCGUCACCGAAACUUCCUUCUACGCGACCCCCCCUUCGUGCCUCAUUGAAUGUCCGUGCGGAGAAAUGA